GCACGACUCCGCCCUCUGGUCCCACCUGUCAUUUGCACCGGGUAGUGACAGUUUUGGUUCCUACUAGAGCUGGGACAAUUAGCUGUCUCAACGAAGUUAAACAUAAUCCACACCUGUCUGAUUAAAAGGACUCUAAUUUAGGAUCAAAUCAUGGCUGUGAACACAGGCACCUCUCUAGUCCUGUCCAGUCUGCUGUCAGUGCUGGUGUUUGCGGGGAUGCAGAUGUUCAGUAAACAGCUGGGAUCCACUGAGUGGCUCACCAUCCUGGGAGGCUUCCUGGGCUCAGUCCUCUUCAUCUGCUCCCUCACUGCAUUUAAUAAUCUGGAAAACCUGAUUUUCGGAAAGGGAUUCCAAGCCAAGAUAUUCCCAGAGAUUCUGUUGUGCCUCUGCCUGUCACUUUUUGCCUCUGGUCUGGUGCACCGUGUCUGCGUAACCACAUGCCUGAUAUUCUCCCUCUUCGCACUGUACUACAUCAACAAAGUAUCUGCCGCUCUCUACCAAGCCGCUGUUCCUGCAGUAACACCAGCCAAGGCUGCCAGCAAGGGCAAAAGGAAGAACUGAAUAAAGCUGUUGGAACCCAGUUGCAUCCAGUUAACCAGUCAAUAUGACACAGGUGCUGAUUGUAUUUUUGUUUUUGUCACAAUACUUUCUCAAAGCACUAAACUUUGGUUUAUUUUCACUGGAUUUUUUUUUUUUAAAGUGGUUUGGGAAUGUUAUUUG